UAGACAAACUCUAUCGAUAUGGAUUCCGGGGAAGAGCAUGGGAUUUGUUGAAAAAUUAUUUGACAGACAGGCCUCAAUUUGUACAGAUCGACAACCAUAAAAGCAAAAAAAGAUUUUUAGAAUAUGGAAUACCCCAAGGGACAGUGCUAGGACCGAUUCUGUUCACAAUAUACGUGAACAGCUUACUGUUGAUGAAAAAGAAGGGUGAGGUCAUUAGCUUCGCAGACGACACUGCUAUACUAUACGAGGAUGAGACAUGGCCGAAUUUAAAAUCUAAAGCCGAGGAGGAUAUUUCAAAGAUAAAACAAUGGCUCGAAUCCAAUAAACUGACUAUCAACUUAAAAAAGACUAAAUACUUACCGUUCGCCUCCUACGAAUCUGGAUUACCACAAAUGGGCCCACUGAAUAUCAACAGAGAAACGUCAAUACCUGAAGGUGACGCCAUAAAGUAUUUAGGAAUUACAAUAGAAAGGCAUUUGAAAUGGGAGAAGCAUAUAGACACAUUAGUCAAAAAACUCAGAUGCCUUUUGCCAAGAUUUAGACAUCUUAAAAAGUACCUAAAUGUAGAAGAGCUGAUGGAGAUAUAUAGUUCCCUCUGUCAAACUCUGAUAAGAUGUGGUAUAAUAGGUUGGGGUGGUGCAUAUGAAUGUCAUAUGAAAAGAGUAGAGAUAAUUCAGAAAUGGUUACUUCGUGUCAUCUAUAGUAAGCCUCUUUUAUUUCCAUCAGACGAAUUAUACGCUAUGUCAGGGGUAAUGAAUCCUCACCAGCUAUAUAUUACUCAAAUUUUGAGUGCUGUUUUUUCUGGGAAAAUUGAUCUGCAGCCAAUAGAGUGUUCGUAUGAAACCAGGAAUAAGAAUUGCAUAUUUACACCCAGAGCUGAAAAACGUAUCGGUCAGAGAUGCUUCUCAUACCUAGCACCGAGAAUCUACAGGGAAAUCCCCAGGGAAUUAAGAAAUGAGAAGAACAUUGGGAAGAGGAAAAGACUCAUCAAAGAAUGGAUUAGACAUAGAGGAAGUAGAUGUUUCUAAUUAUUGACUAAUUUAUGGCGGACGCUUACAAACUGAUGUGGGAAUUUACAGUUCCUACUCUCGAGGAUAUCGAUUUGGGUGUGGGUAUAGUGUAAAUGGUUUGGGUAAAAAUUUGGGAUAAUAUAAAUACGUUUAAGUUAAAUUAGAUAUGUUUGUUUUGUUCUCUUUGGACGUUCAGCGGAUAAUUUUUUGUUCUAUUAAAUUGUAUUUUCAUAAUGGUAAUGGCUUAAGAAAUAAUGUAUACAUGAAUGUAUUCAAUUGUAUAUCGCGUACAGGCUCUUAGCCUCUGCGAUUAUUGUUUAUGAUUCAAUAAACUAUAUUAUUAUUA